AUGUCUCUCGACUUUCCCAACGAAAAGACUAUCGACCUCAGCCUGUGGGACUAUCUGACCGACGUGGACGGCUUGAACGCCGACGCGCCUAAUCAGUCGAGAUUCAACCUGGCAGUCGAAGGAUUCAAGAAAGCUUCGGAGCACUUUGUGUCAGAGCACGGAACGGCAGUGAACGCUUACGAGCAAAUGAAAGACCGGGACCUCACCGGGGGAAUGAGCUUUGAGCAGUGGGCUCAGCAAAAUGCCCCAGCGUUCAGAAUUGCCCUCCAGGAAUUUCAAGCGACUCGGCACCAAGUCAGGCUCUUGGAAGGAGAAGGUACCGUGCGCUGUCUUCGACCCGGUUUUCAGUGCACGGAGGUGCUUCGCAAAGGAUGA